AUGACAAUUGGAUUCAUGGAGGUUCAUCUUCUCAAAGCAAAGGGUCUCCAAGAAUCGGAUAUCUUCGCGCGCAUGGAUCCGUAUGUUGUGUUACAAUACAAAAGUCAAGAGAAAAAGAGCAGUGUAGUUCAUGAGGGAGGUAGCAAUCUUGAAUGGAAUGAGAAAUUUGUAUUCAGAGUAGAAUACCCUGGAUCCGGUGACCAAUACAAGCUCAGCCUUAAAAUCAUGGACAAAGAUGUUUUUACUGCAGAUGACUUUGUCGGCCAGGCCAUAAUCUACGUAAAAGAUUUAUUAGCGGAAGGAGCUGAGAAAGGAUCGGCUGUGCUUCGUCCUCACAAGUAUAGUGUCGUUCGAGCGGACAAUUCUUAUCACGGCGAGAUAGAAGUUGGUAUAAAUUUCACUAGAAAGGAUGAGGAUAAUACUGACGGCGAAUAUGGAGGAUGGAAGGAUAGUGAGUGUUAG